CCUGAGCAGGGGGGGUUCCCAUGGCAACAGGCCCCUCCAGGGUAGGCCUGCUUCACCCUCCUACUGUUCCCCCAGCAAGGAGAAGGAUUCCCAUGCGAGAAACUAGGAGGAGGAAGAUGUAGUUCUGGUGAAAGAGGCCAGAUUGACAACCCCGGAGACAUCCCCACAAGUACAGCACAGGCAACUAGAGAACCAACUCCCUUAAAAACGCACUACACUGGGUGCCUUCCCCCUUCCCUGGAGGGACACAGUUUAGAGGGUCCCCUUUCUCAGAUGUCCCCGGAAGAGAAGGCAGGGUGACCAGCAAGUAAGCUGUGUUGGGAUGGAUGAGCCCAGAGCCUCCUGGGGAAGCUGCUGGCUGCCUCGUGCAGAGACCACAGCCACAUAACAUCAUUCCCCAGGUGAACAGACCCAGCUGCCUCACAAGAUGCGCAUCACGUUCUGUCAGGGGGUCCUAGCGCUCGCCAUUGUCAUCAAUCUGCUGAUUUUGUACUACGUCUCGAGGCUGCAGCAGCGGAUGUUGCACAGACACAGAGACCACGUCCAGCCUAGCUCCCGGCUGCUGCCUGUCCCCCAGAGGCCCGGGGUGACCGUUAUCAUCAGGGAGUUUGAGGACUUUGAGAACUACGUCCCUGAUGUGGUGCAGUCCUUCCUGAAACAGAAGCCGGAGCAGCCAGUCAUGGUGGCAGCGGAUACCUUGCCGUACCCGCCGCUUGUAUUACCGGAUGCUCCCAACGUCCAGCUCGUGAUCCUCAAGCCAGCCCCUGACCAGCCUGCCCAUGUGUCCAGGCCUGAGAUGUACGUGAAGACGGAGUAUGUGGCCCUGGUGCCUGAUGGAGUCAAGGUUGAUUCCACAAGGCAGCUGGAUCGUAUGUUAGAAGAGUUCAGAGCCAACCAGGGCAGAGUUCAAAUGGUGGCAGCGCCCGUGCAGUCCCUUGCUCCCCUCCAGUGCUUGACCCUAAAGGUCAGCCUUAGAAAGUGGACUGCCGAAUACAGCGUAGCGCCGUCCACCAGGCUCUGCACAGCUCUGAAGGGAGACGCCGUGAUUCUGCUACGCACAAAGGAUCUCUUCAACCUUUCCACUCCCUUGGCCAAGCCCCUGCUGACCUCCCUAUUCGUCCAGACAUCGCUGCGGGGCUGGACGGUCCGAAUCCUUGACGUCUCCUUCUCCUCAGCCCACCAGCCUCUGCUCAGCUCCUCUCACAACCAAUGGAAGGCAGAGAACCGUGCCAAAGCCAGCCGGCUGCAGCUCUUCCGAGACUUCGGCAUCAAGCGGGUUCUCCUGGAGGAUGGGAAGCAGCAGUGGUUUGGGUGCAGCAAAGAGACGCCGCGUUGCUUCGGCACCGUCCAUGAUGAUACGCCGGAAUAUCUGUACCAGAACCGCUGGACCCCGCCUUGCUGUCUACAGGCCCUGAGGGAGACAGCAAAGUACGUCAUCAACAUCUUGGAGACCUCCGGGGUGCGGUACUGGCUGGAAGGCGGGACGCUCCUAGGGGCUGCCCGACAUCAGGACAUCAUCCCAUGGGAUUAUGACGUGGAUCUAGGGAUAUACCUGGAGGACAUUCCCAACUGCGACCUCCUCAGGAACGUAGAGUCUGGCUCCAUCGUGGACGAGAAAGGCUUUGUUUGGGAGAAGGCCAUCGAGGGCGACUUCUACCGUGUGCAGUACAGCGAGCACAACCACCUGCAUGUUGACCUCUGGCCCUUCUACCCCAAGAACGGGCUGAUGACCAAGGACACGUGGAUGGACCACCGGCAGGACGUGGAGUUCCCAGAGCACUUCCUCAAGCCCCUGUUACCCCUGCCGUUUGCUGGCUUCACGGCUCUGGCGCCCAACAACUACCGGAGCUUUUUGGAGCUGAAGUUCGGUGCAGGUGUGAUCGAGAAUCCAGAAUAUCCAAACCCAGACCAGAAGAAGCUGGAUAAGGGGAAAUAAGCAAGGGCCCUGGCUUCUGCCUCUGCAUUGGGGCCCAAGAGAGCAUCAGACUCAGAGGCCCAGGGAGCAGGGAUCUCUCUCUCUUGAACAUAUCACUGAUGCCAACAGAAGGUGUGAACCAUGCUGCUGCUAGGGGAGCUGUCUGCCCACUGCUGCUGGUACGGCCCACUGAAGCCGGGAGAGUUUACGCUCAGCUUUGGGGCUGGGGGGACUGUCCAAAGGGCUUGUGACCAGGUGAGACACUUUGACCACAAAGACAGGACAAUUAACAAAGCAACCCAGGGGAGACCUCAUGGAGAUGCAGCCUCAGCGCGGCUCCCAGACUCACUGGGUCACUGGUGGGACUCUCUGCUUUCUAGCAAAGGUCUGCAGUUCAUGGAUUGGUUUUGGGGCUGCUCUCUGAGAGGACGUGAGAAGCCACAGCUGUUUUUGAUCAGCGGGAAGAGGACCAACUUAAUGCCUGUUGCCCUUGCUGCCUCAUUUAGGGGCUGGGGAUCUCUUACCCAUCUGAGGCUUCAAGUGUGGGGACAGCUGUGGGGUCAUGAACAACUUCAGGCUAACUAGAAGGAAGAACUUGAACAGGGAGAUUAAUUAGUCAGUGAGGCUCUGCCCUGCUUUGGGAGGCUCUGAAGCUGCUGGCACUAGAGAGAGACAGAAGCUUACAACCGAUGACAGGCGGCGGCUGGGGGUCUACACCGUAAGAGAGGGGGGAGGGGACUAAUUGAUCCAAUAGGUUCUGUCCAACUCUCUUAUCCAUCUCUGUAACAUGUUUAGCUUGAACCGCAGCAGCACAUGGGAAUUUACUCACCCUGCCUGAGGCCUAGGCCUGAGAGCAAGGCCUGGCAGGGAGGUGCAGCUGUUUAGUAUAUUGGUGAUGCACUUUUUAAGACCCAUCCUGCUCUCACUGAAGGUCAUGCGAGUUCAGUGAUCGACUUCAGCAGGGCUCAGGAUAGAGUCUCAUCCUAGAUUUGCAAAGUGUGGUUCUUAUGGUGACUGGCUGUAAGUGACCCCAGAGAAUCAAGAGCCCAGCGUGGGAUAUUGCAGACAUAUUUAUAACCACAGCUGGUUCUGUUUCACGCCUUUACAGCAAGGUCUUUUGCUCACCCCUUCAAAAUGGUGCAGUCCUACGGAAUCGAGGCCCAGCAGGUAGUUUGUGGGAGGAUCUGCAGCUCUAGAACAUGGGUCUGCUGGUCCCUGAGCGACUGCUGCAUUCACACAGCCACACAAGAGCUCUGGCUGAGGAGCAAUCUACAGGCUGUGGGCCUUGUGGGCCCAAGCACCACAGGACGUGCUCCCAGAGUCCCUGAUUGGUCCAGGCAUGCUACUUAAGCCUGGAGGGAACACCAAGAAGUUGUGAAAGGAAGGGGGAUUUGCCUAGCCUCGCCCCAGCCUUGCUGCAGCCCAUUCCCUAUCCUGGCAUUUGACUCCAGCUCUGAUCCUCGGCUCUGGUUGCUGGCAUCUGACAUUGGCUCCACCUCCUAGGCCUAGCUGCCCAUGCCCUGGCUGAGCCCCGGCUCAGUUUUUCAAGGAAAAAGGAAAGGAGAAGGUGACGAUCUAUACAGCUAGGAGUUGAAAUGUUCUCAUUUAAAGAUUCAGUGGGAUGUUUCGGUUUAGUUUAAGCCUUCCUGUUAUAGCUCUGGGAACCCAAACAGGGCAGCGCGGGAUUGGUGUGGGAGAACGAGGAACCAAAACUGCCUCUAAACAAGAAGUGAAAAUAACCAGCCACAUUUUGUUGCCCCAAGCUGAGCAAAGUGUAGAAACGUAACUAAACUGCCUCCACAAUGUAAAGGAAAUUGAGUUUAUUAACCCUUUGUUUUACUCAUGGACAGCGUCAGGAGUAACAGAAAUGCGAGAAUUUAAUAACAAGGAAAUCCCAGGCAUUUGCCCAUUAGUCAGGGGAAGCAUCCAAAUGUGAGCUAGGAGACCUGGGUUAUAUUCUCUAACUCCCUGUGUGAAGCGUAGGACAGCUUACUUCCUCUCACCUGUAGAAUGGAGCUAAUGAUACUUUCCUCCCUCUCCCAUGGGGAAGCAUGAGGCUUGCUUCAUGUGUGUAAAGCUGGGGAUCUUCAGCUGAAAGGCCAAGUUCUUAAUAUAAUUUGAAUACACUUACAGAAAAUCUGGUCCAGCAGCCAGUAUCGCCAGCCCCACAUGCUUAAAAAUCAUGAGAUUGGCAUAAGACUCAUGAGAUUUUAAAGAAUAGUAAACGUUGGGUUCCUUUACUCUGCUUUCUGGUUAUUAAGCCUUUAGGGGGCCCUUGGAUCAGGUUUUCAAGCUUUUCUGUGCAAGCAUGAGGGACAGACACUUUUUUAUUUUGCAGUGAAACAUGAGAUUUUCACCCAGUCACAGUUCCUGGAGCUGCGGCUUCAGUACAGUAACUCCUCACUUAUCGUUGUAGUUCUGUUCCUGAAAAAUGCGACUUUAUGCGAACCGAUGUUAAGUGAAUCCAAUUUCCCCAUAAGAGGGGGCGGGGGGGUUAGGUUCCAGGGAUAUUUUUUUCACCAAAGACAUUCUAUACACCUACAGUAUACAUUUUAAACAAUUUAAAACAAACAGUUGAAUAUUGUACAUAGCAAUGAAUGAUUGUGAAGCUUGGUUGAGGUGGUGGAGUCAGAGGGUGGGAUAGUUCCCAGGGAAUGCCUUGCUGCUAAAUGAUGAA